AGAGUCUGCCAUAACUGCUACUAGCGUCACAACAGAGGCGGUAUCUCCAACUGAUACUGAAGCAACAACAGAAUCUGAUAUAAUUGCUACUAGUGUUACAACAGUGGCAGUAUCUCCAACUGAUACUGAAACAAAAACAGCGUCUGCUAUAACUGCUACUAGUGUCACAACAGAGGCGGAAUCUCCAAUUGAUGCUGAAGCAACAACAGAGUCUGAUAUAACUGAUACUAGUGUCACAACAGAGGCGGUAUCUCCAACUGAUACUGAAGCAACAACAGAAUCUGAUAAAAUUGCUACUAGUAUCACAACAGAAGCAUUAUCUCCAACUGAUACUGAAGCAACAACAGAGUCUGAUGUAACAGCUACUAGUUUCACAACAGAGCCGGUAUCUCCGACUGAUACGGAAGCUACAACUGAGUCUGAUAUAACUGCUACUAGUGUCACGACAGAGGCGGUAUCACCAACUAAUACUGAGGCUACAACAGAGUCUGAUGCUUCUAGUGUCACAACAGAGGUGGUAUCUCCAACUGAUACUGAAGCAAUAACAGAGUCUGAUAUAACUGCUUCUAUAGUCACAACAGAGGCGGUAUCACCAACUGAUACUGAAACAAAAACAGAGUCUGAUAUAACGGCUACUAGUGUCACAACAGAGCUGGCAUCUCCGACUGAUACUGAAGCUAAAACAGAGUCUGAUAUAACUGCUACUAGUGUCACGACAGAGGCGGUAUCACCAACUGAUACUGAAGCAAUAACAGAGUCUGAUAUAACUGCUACUAGUGUCACAACAGAGCCGGCAUCUCCGACUGAUACUGAAGCUACAACAGAGUCUGAUAUAACUGCUACUAGUGUCACGACAGAGGCGGUAUCUCCAACUGAUACUGAAGCUACAACAGAGUCUGAUAUAACUGCUACUAGUGUCACAGCUGAAGCGGCAUCUCCGACUGAUACUGAAGCUACAACAAAGUCUGAUAUAAGAGCUACUAGAGUCACAACUGAAGCGGUAUCUCGAACCGAUAGUGAAGCAAUAACAGAGUCUGAUAUAACUGCUACUAGUGUCACAACAGAGCCGGUAUCACCAACUGAUACCGAAGCUACAACAGAGUCUGAUAUAACUGCUACUAGUGUCACAACAGAGCCGGUAUCUCCGACUGAUACUGAAGCUACAACAGAG